AUGAAAGGAACCCACACCCCACCUAACGACUGGUGCAUGGCAUUCGAGUUAAGUUUACAGGACAGAGCCUUGCACUGGUACCGGCAAUUACCGCGCAAGACCCGCCGCACGUGGAAACUCUUGAGCGACGCGUUCAUCAAUGGUCAAGAUGGUGGCCGUCGACGCGAUAGCGGACGGAACGAAGACUCACGGAGCAACUACCGUCGGGAUGAUCGCCAUAGAGACGAGUCGCCAUACAGGCCAAUGAUUACCUUGGCAGAAGCGCUAUCUGAUUUAGUAACCGCCUUGAACGAGACCUCGGUCGGAUCACAGACGAGUCAGCAAGCGCCGUAUGACCAAGAAUGCGAUUGGAACGAGGACUCGUUCGGUGACGGAGAGCGCCGAGACGACGGAGAUCGAUACUCUAACAGGGGUUCCGAGUACGACUACGCCAGUGAAGAUGAGCGCGGUCACGUCGCAGCGGCGAACGACCACGAACGCCGUGCGGCGGCAGAAGGGCCAUUCGCCCGGCCAGACAACCGACGCCACAAGGGUGAUGGUCAUUUCAACAAUGACCGAGGCUUCGCUCGCGACAACCGCAACGUAGGGCAGCAGUAUGGGCCUUGCGCAGCAUGCGGAGGUCUGACUCACUCGGUACUCUACUGCUACAAACGGUGCAAAAUGUGUAAACAAGUCCAUGAUCAGCGGGUUUCGGGUAGUGCCCAUGACGGACCGAGCCCGUCUCUUCUCCGCUUUCGUCACGCCGUUCGGACUGUUCGGGAGUGGCUACGCUUGCCAUUCGGUCUGUGCAAUGCACUGCAGAUAUACCAGCGACAACGCGUUGCACGGUUUUGGAAGCUGUCCCAGACGGAGAAUACCCGCGAUGUUUUCAAAGACGGGAUCCCGUCUAAACCUGGAACGAGGUCCGUUUUGAGCCGUCAGUCGUACAUUGAUGAUAUCCUGAUCGGGUGUACGACGUGGGACGACCUUUGCAAAAGUGAAGAAUGGCAUUUAUCGAUCAGCGUGGAGAAAAGUGAAUGGGGAAUGUCGAAAGUGGGUUACCUGGGCCAUGAAGUAUCGGAAGACGGACUCGGGGCGAAACCGAAGAACUUAGAGACCCUUGCGACGUUGGAAUUCCCGCGUACGCAAAAGGGUCUACAGUCGUUCUUGGGUAGCCUUAACUACUACCAUCGUUUCAUUCUGGAUUUCGCGAUUUACGCGGCCGCGCUCUACUCCCUCUCCGCCCGCGAUUUUGAAGAGCGGGUCUCGAAUCCUGAGACGCGCGAUCUAGAUAAGUGGACUCACGCGUAA